GGACGUAUACAGGCGGAUAGCGAGAUGUCUGCUCCAACGGAAAUAAAAGUCCUCAAGAUUGUGAUUAUGUCCAUAAUCAUGUUGGGCGCCCUGGAUAUAUCGGUUAACAUGGAAGGAUUAUCUCCAGGAUGGCAUACAAAGGAAUCAAUCACGAGGACCGUCCAUAACCUGACGAAUUUAGUGUAUCAAUAUUAUUUGGUUUGUGGUGCUGAAUAUAUUUGUGAAAAGCAUAAUUAUAAUUUCAUAAUAAACGAUCUGUCGAUGCAGGGACUAGAAUUAUGCCCGCUGUGCAGUUGCAAAAGAGAGUGCGUUCAGGCAGGGAAUUGUUGCCCAGAUAUUAUGUUCGCGUUUCCCGUUCCGUUGUGCAAGCACACAUCUAUUGUCGAUAAUGUUAACGAUGUAAAACUUCAAAGUCAUAUCAUAGAGGCCUGUCAUGACGACUCCUUAGAGGAGGACAAAGAAAAGUGUAAAAUGAACUAUACACGUGCUCAGCUGAUGCAACAUCCACCAGUAACAUCAGCUGAUUAUGCCUUCACCUUUCGUAAUAAACAUUGCGCGGAAUGUAACGGUGUCUUCAAUUACUCAAGUUGGAAAAUAAAUAUUUCAUGUACACGCGUUACUGAUUUUAAUUUUCUUUCCACCUAUGAAGAAAUUGUAGACCAAGCCACCUCAGAAAAUUGUAUUAUAGAGUACGGAGAAGAUCAGGAUUCGAGUACGCACAAGUGUGUUACUCAAAACACUGAUCCGGUUGAAUCCAUUUCUGAAUGUAAUGUUACCGGAACGUGGCUCACAUACGACAAAGAUAUAGCCAAUGCUUGUCUUUCAAGUUACCACCUGGAAUAUAAAGGAUACAAAAACAUCUUCUGUUUAAUGUGUAACCCGCCUCUUUAUUAUACCAACCCCAUAGUCUCGUGCAAUGUUUCUGGCAUCUGGUCACCGUAUAAUUCAACAUUAUUGGAAGCAUGUACAAGACAUCUUUCAACCACUUUUACAAUGCCAUAUAAGAAUGUGUUCUGUUUUCUAUGCAACCGGAACAACAAUGGUCGCUUCCGGUUUCAAGAUGCCAAUGCUAUCAUUGAAGAAAUAAGUGUUAACAGAAAUUAUGUGUUUGUAGUCCGGAUGACAGAGUAUGCAUUGGAUUAUUAUUAUUCUGUUUUACAAUCAUCAAGGAUUGAUGUAAAUAACAUUGUACGAACACAAUCGAACAAUGGUAUAUCUGUGGACAAAACUAAACUUCUUUCACUGCACUAUGCCAUAUAUGGCACCAAUUCAUAUUGUUCAACAGAAUUUGCUGGGGGAUUCUUUGAGAACUCGACAUGUUUAUGUAAUGAAAGUUGUCUGUUUCGUUUCUCAGAGCCAUUUUGUUGUCAUGACUUUCUCCUCAACAGCAAGACUUCUUGUUUCAACACCUUAUUGUCAGGUUCGACUCAUUUUUCUUCUUCGAUAGGGGCUAUAAGCGGAUGCAGUAAUCUUACCGAAGAAAAUGUCAUCAGGAAUAGAUGCGAAAGAUCAGAAGCAAAAGAUAUAUUUGGUACACUCCCAGUAACAGAUGGAAAUACAAUCUAUAAAAAUCUAGAUUGUUUUCGAUGCAAUCAUCCCACUCACAAUUUAACGCGGAUUCAUCCUUCGUAUUGGAAAUUUUCCAUUUUCUGUGAUUCCUAUCCACAUUUCAAUUACUUUAUUUCGGUGAUGGAAAUAAUUCAACAGGCAAAACGCCGUAGCUGUGUUGUUCGAAUAAUUCCAGAAAGCAUGAAUGAUAAUUCGUUUCAAAUGAGCAAAAUAUAUUGUAAUCCAAAUAGUAUUGACAGGUGUAAUGUCACCGGACUAUGGUCAACAUACGAUAAAGACAUUGCGGUAGCUUGUGAGAGAUUACACAUAUUUUUACCGCCCUACAAUGGUUUUAAAAAUGUGUAUUGUUACAUAUGCAACAAUCCGACACCUUCAUCUUUCAAUGAAACAACGAUAGACAGGUGUUUAAUACCAGCAGAAAAUCAAUUAUAUGGAGAAAGUAUCAUGACUGCAUGCACAACAUUACCGGAAGUACCUGGCUUUGGGCAGUAUCGAAAUAUCUUCUGUGAGAAGUGCUCUUUGGAAAAUUCAACAAUUUUAGCAGUUUCAUGGAAACCCUCCAUACCGUUUUCUGGAUUAAGUCAGACAAAUAUUCGAGGAUCUGUCAUCAGUGCACGAGAUCUUUUCAUCGCCCUCUCUCCUAUGGUUUCAAUAGAAAUUCAAGCGUUAGAGAUUGAUAGUGAAAACAAUAUACUCUUCGAUAAAAGACAGAAUAGGAAAUACAACUUGACCUGUUUCCCUGGAAAAAUACUUAUGGACAAGAAAUGCAAACCUUUGCUGAAAAUUACGGACAAUCUACGAUACGUGCAGUCAUUUUCAUUGGAGGGAAAUUCAACAUUGUCACCGGAAAUUUUAUUGCUGACCGUCAAAGAAAAGACCAAAUCGGCCAUAUACUCUAUAAGUGGAAUACUUUUCUUUGAUUCUUUCCAUAUAGUACUAAAUAAUUCCUGUGACGAAAACUUCACUGGAAGCGCAGGCAUAAGAAUGCUUAUACAUGCUUCGUUUUUGAUUGAGGCGAAGGUGGACCGACUCGAGACUGAGAAAAGAUUAGUGGAGAUGACAAAAGAGGAGUUUAACUUCGAUAACACUACUUAUCUGAAGGCUUCACCCUCUGUUGAGGCAUUCAUGAUACCAGUAGUUCUGAAAACAUUAAGUUUUUCUCUCCAAUGCCAUAUUACUGAAAGUAGUUCCCAAUACUACAGUCUUCAACCGACAUUUCGUCCAGCCGUAGUGUCGGAUUUGUUACUUUGCACGCAUGUCGUGUUAAAUUCACAAGAAUAUGAAAUGGAUGGAACAGAUCUGAGUCUUACUUUUGGAAAGUCGAACAGGUUUUUUACCCCUUUAGAGUACAUUUUCGUUGACAAAGAAGCACGAAUUUGUUUAGAUGAUUUCCGCCAAGUCAGUGAAAACUUUUCAAAAACUGGCGACAUGAAAUCAGAAAUAAAUACAGCACUUGGAAUAUUCUCACUCAUAUGUACAGUUAUCUCCCUUGUUUGCCUUGUUUUAACAUUCAUUACUUACUGUCUGUUUCCUGUGAUGCGUUCAAUACCAGGGAUAAACAAUAUGAAUCUAGUGUUCAUUAUGUUCUGUGCACAGCUGUUGUUUCAGGUCGGCUUUGAUCGCAUUGCAAGGUCAACACUUUGCGCUGCAAUUGGUAUAUUCAUCCACUUCUUUUGGCUGUCAACAUUUACUUGCAUGAAUGUGUGUUCAUUCCAUAUGUACACUGUAUUCGCAGGUGACCUGGUUUCUGGACGGAUAACAGAAAGAUGGAAGAGGAGGAUUUUUAUGUAUAUGUUGUACUCUCAUGGUCUUCCCUGUGCAGUAAUUAUUUUAAAUAUAAUUGUUCUAUCAAGUACAUCUGAAGAUGGAGGAAUCGGUUAUGGAUACACUAGCUGUUUUAUAAGCAACAACGUGUCUUUCUAUAUAACUUUCUUGGCACCAGUGCUUUUAAUAUGCAUAAGCAACAUUUAUUUCUUUACGCGAACUGCUUUAAAGAUCAAAGAAACGCCAAAAGUGGACAGUACGUUGGAGAAAAGAAAUGAUUUUAUCAUUUACGUUAAACUAUUUUCGCUGACAGGAAUAACGUGGAUUUUGUUGGUAGUGGACACGCUGUUUACUGUUUCAGUGUUUAGUUUCCUUGUUGUGUUUUUCACAGUUUGUCAGGGUCUGUUUGUGUUUAUAAGCUUUGUCGCAAACAAACGCGUUUUAAAGCGUUAUGCUAACUUUUGUUGUGGUAAGACUAAAGACGGAUCACGUGGCAACGCUUCAUCAAAUACCGCACAGACAACAAUGACUACCUCUAGUGCCGUGUAAUCUACAACAACUACACUGGACAUCAGCGUUGCAGACGUGACACUGUCAGUUCCUGAGUUUAACAUCGUAAUAUCUUAUCUUUACAUUAAUUAUUCUUCGUCCGUUACGCGUUUUGUGAUCAGUAAGAACUGUCCGUUGAUCCAAGAACGGAACAUUUAAUUCUGAUAUAAAUAAAAUGGUUUUGGAUAUCUUGUACAGGUACUCUGCCAAACAUUGUUAUGUAUUAUAAAAGGAUGUAUUUAUACUAUGACUUUCUAAAUUGUCAAUUAUCGGCUACAUACAUUAAGAAGUGCAUUUAUCUCGAUAUGUGUAUUAUGUUUAGAACAUUAUAUAUAAUAUUAUCGACGUGAUCCACUAUUUAUUGAACUUUCAUAUUGUAUUUAUAAAUGCCAUCCAACGAGUGGUCGCAGUAUGUGGUAUUUAUUAUCUCGAGAUAGUUAUUGUUGAAAUUUUUAAACUCCACAAAUGAUUAUGCAAAACUGACAAUUUCAGAUAUUGCAAAUAUUAUAACUCAUUACAAACUGUGAAUUCAAAGCAAAAUCAGGAUAGAAAUCUGAAUAAAAAUCGAACUUGUUGCGCGUUCUAAUCCUCGUGAGUGCUUAGGGCGCCCAUUCGAUCAAUGUUCACCGUGUCAGCCAAACAAAACAUGAUAAAGUAUUAAAACACGUGUAGUAAAAUAAUGUUCUUUUAUACAGUUGGAAUAAUUCCUUAAAAUCUGGAGAGUUGAAUAAAGUCCUCAUUUCGAGGUAGAAAUCAACUUAUAGAAUGCAACUCAUCGGCUGGUUAAAGCGACCAAUACUCAUGCUCGUAAAACAAAGUUAGCACAACAUGUGUUUUUCGUGGAUCAGCUAAUGCCAAAUGUUACCAAUCUACUAGGGAAGAUCGACCGGUAUCUGUUUAGUUAUUACUGACUUCGGUAUGUAAAUAUUGGAAUUAGCCGUUAUUAUGACAACACACGAUGGUAAGUGAACUUUGCAGAUAGCAUGUGACAUCCAUAAGUGUCAUAAUAUUUACACCAGGUUCGUUUUUACUUCAAUAUUACGAAUAAAUAUAAUAUCUUAAAAAAUGUACGACGCGUGUGUAUGUUGGAUUAAGCAUUAACAGUAGAAUAGCACACGCGACCAUUAAGUAAAGCAUAUUGUGAUUAUUUUGUAUUGUAUAUUAGCAUAAUUGUAUAUGUCCAUUUGUAUAUCAUAUCAAUUCAACUUGCGUUCUUUCACAAGUGCAUUUAAUUUCUUAGUUAUACACAUAGAUGUGGAUAUUCACAAGAAAAAUCUUAUUAAUAUCUUGUCUAAACUUUAAACAGUUUUGAAUUCGUUACCAGCUUUGAGUCACUUUUUUUCCUUUGAUAGCCAUCGAUGAAAUUAGCAUGACUCAAUAUUCCAUAAUUAUGAUAAUGAAAUUUUAAGCCCAUCCGUA